AUGGCCCUCAAACUAUUAACGAUAAAAAAGAGAAGAAUAUCAAUAGAAUAUAAAACAAAAGAUGAAAAUAAAGUAUGGCAUGGAUGGUGUUUAAAUAUAAUACGGAAGAAAUUAAUACGAAAAUAUAUGAAAAAAGAAAUAUUUUUAAAACAAGAAAUUUAUAAAUUAUUUGUUAGUCAAUGUAAAAAUAUCGAAGAAUUAUCAUGGAAUAACUCACAUCCUUUGUCAUUAUUUCCUGGGGUUUCAAGGUGCUUUCCUACUAGACUUCAUAGUUUAGUUAUUAUGGCAGAUUUUGUAAAUUCUGACGCACUUUAUGAGAUGGCAAAAUUUUGCAAAAGUUUAAAUAUAUUGAUGAUAUGUGAAUAUUCUAAAGAAAAUUACGGAUUAAUUUCUUUAAUUAAUGCACAAAGAAAUAGUGCUUCCGGAUGA